CUCAGGCAUAUAAUUCCCUUUCUGACUUAAGUAUCGGAGGGGCGAUGAGAACAUACCUCAUUGCCUUUGUUUCAGGUACCGAAAGACUACGAUCGUACUCACUCAAAAUCGUCAAACUCGAAAAAUCAACAUGUACGAUUUUUGAUAGCAUCAGGUGGCAAACCUACGACCAAGAUUACCAUUAUGCCAUCGUUCUUUCGUGAUCUGCCAAUUAUGGACCAUAUGAUGUGACAAUUCAAUAAAAAUGUAAAUAAUUUUCGUUGUUGGAAACUGACGGUAUGUAUAAGGAAGAAAGUCAAAACCAAAACGCUCUUCUUUUCUUUUUCAAGGUUGAAAUGCAAUUUUGCCUCAAGUAAAUGUACCUAAAACAAGAAACAUUUUCAUCAACUACAAACACGUGCACAGCAUGUGAUCAGGGCGUCCCUCCCGGAUUUAACUGGUCGGCUCAUCGUCUUCCAACAACCUGUCCCAACAGAAUUGGCGCCUGAAAUUUCAUUAGAUGAAUUCUGGAAUCUUUGUCGCUAUUGAAAUUGGUUUCAAUGCCAAAUUUCAAUUAAUUCAAAUCUGAGCUUCCUUCCUUUUUUUUUCCUUAGUUGUAAUUAUGUACUCUUUUCCAUGCUGUUAGAGAAAUUAAUAAUCAAUCAAUAUUCGCGCCAAUCAUACAUGGCUAUCCCACGGCGGCGCCACCAGUACUACAGCCGUGUGCGGUAUCUUAUCCCAGCCAUCGCCGCCAUUUCCUCGGUUCUUCUCCUUCUCUUCAUUUUCCUCUCUUUCUUCGCGCCUUCUCCUGUCCACAAUGAUCUCCUCCAUCGCUCUCAACACUAUUUCUCGAGGAAUUAUGACGUUAAUGAAGCGAACGAAAUGCCAGUUUUUCGUGUGCCGAUCAAUGGAAGAGUAUAUGAUCGUGAUAUUUGGAGUUCAGAAAACGCACAAUUUUACAAUGGAUGCAGCAAUGCAAGCAGUAAAUUCGCAAAAUCUGAAGACGUCACACAGCCUAAUCGUUACCUGGCAAUUGCAACCAGUGGAGGUUUAAACCAACAAAGAACUGGGAUAACUGAUUCUGUUGUUGCUGCUCGCAUCCUGAAUGCUACUCUUGUUGUCCCAAAGCUGGACAAAAGAUCUUUCUGGAAGGAUGAUAGCAACUUUUCGGAUAUCUUCAACGUUGAUUGGUUUAUAUCAUAUCUAGCAGAAGAUGUCAAAAUCAUUAAAGAGCUUCCACCAAAGAGAGGGCAGAUAUGGACUCCACAUAACAUGCGAGUUCCACGAAAGUGCAAUGAAGGAUGCUAUAUUAAGCGUGUAUUGCCUGUACUUACAAAGAAGCAUGCUGUUCAGUUGUCAAAAUUUGACUAUAGACUUUCUAAUAGGUUGAAGACAGAUCUGCAAAAGCUUAGAUGCCGAGUCAAUUACCAUGCUUUGAAGUUCACUAACCCUAUCCUUGAAAUGGGAGCAAAAUUAGUGAAGAAAAUGAGAAUCAAGAGCAAGCGUUAUAUUGCUCUUCACCUAAGGUUUGAACCUGAUAUGCUUGCAUUCUCUGGAUGUUAUUAUGGUGGAGGAGAUAAGGAGAAGAGGGAACUGGGUAAAUUACGGAGGAGGUGGAAAACAUUACAUAAUAGUAAUCCAGAUAGGGGGAGGAGGCAAGGAAGAUGCCCUCUUACUCCUGAGGAAGUUGGUUUGAUGCUAAGAGCACUUGGAUACGGGAGAGAUACUCAUAUAUAUGUGGCAUCUGGAGAAGUAUAUAAAGGGGAAGAAAAACUGGCCCCUUUAAAGGCACUUUUCCCUUACUUCUAUUCUAAAGAAACAAUAUCAACGAAGGAGGAGUUGGAACCAUUUUCUGCAUUUUCCGCUCGCAUGGCUGCAUUAGACUUUAUAGUGUGUGACGAAAGUGAUGUAUUUGUCACAAAUAACAAUGGAAAUAUGGCAAAAAUCAUAGCAGGGAGAAGGAGAUAUUUUGGUCAUAAACCUACAAUUCGUCCAAAUGCUAAAAAAUUAUACAAGCUGUUCAUGAACCGUAAUAACAUGACUUGGGGGGAAUUCGCUUCUAAUGUUCGUACAUUUCAAAGAGGUUUUAUGGGAGAGCCAGAUGAGAUGAAGCCAGGGAGGGGGGAAUUUCAUGAAUACCCAACUGCCUGCAUCUGUGAAGAUUCCGAGGCUAAAGCAAAGAUGAGACCAGGUCCACCAAAACUUGGUAUGGUAUCUGUUCCAGACAAGAGAAAUGUGGAUGUAGUUGUUAAAGAUCAAAACAUGUACAAUGAACGGGAAUGGUCUGAUCCUGAAGAUGAUGACGAUACAAGUAAUAAGCAACUAGAAGACUCGCAUGAUGAAGCCAGCUUGGACGAGGAGCUCGAGUUGGAUGAGUUGCUUUCGGAUUGAAUAAAUUCAUGGGUGCCCUUUCCAUUUGGAAAUUUCGGCCCCUAGUACUUGUACAACAAGGUGAAUUGUCUUGUGGAAGAAAGCAAAUUUUGUUCAGAAAACAUACUUUAUAUUACACUCGACUUUUCUUAGAGGUAAAAAUGCAACCUUCAAGGAGUACGAGGACCCUUUUCUUUUGUGAUUACAAUGGAGGAUUUAGCAAAAAGAGCAGUGGUGGCUGCAACAGAGUAAGAAGGCUCAGCCAAACAGUUUUGAGGAAACAUGGUGAGACCAUCUACUAACUGGAGGCAUAUACAUUCUGUUAACUUAUUUUAGGCAGAUUGUUUUUAGAUAGUUUGAGCGAGCCAAGUUUUUGGUCUUGACAUAGAGAGACCUGGGAGAUAUUGGUGGCCUAUGUAAAUUAUUUUAUUUUUUAAUUUAAUAUUAAACUAUCUAAUAAUCUACUUGUCCCUAUAUAAAUAAUCUGGUUAUGAGCUUGAGUUCUGACUGGAACCAUCUAAUGUCAUGUUAUCUCAAGACUUGGAGAAGUUCUCCUUGAUGGGCACGAAACAACUUAUUCUUCUUCUUCUUCUCUCUCUCUCUUUAAUGAAAGAUUAGUUUCAACAACAAAUGCAUUUUCUUCUCAUAGUCAUUUAUAUAUUACGUAGAAAAAUGGUCUUGUAUUCAAUGUACAUGCGACGUGGUGCUUUAUAAAGACACAAGCGUUGCUUGCUUUAUAGAAUGUUAGUCGUAGUCCAUUUAUUUGUUGCAAUACUUUCUUGAACAUCAUAAUUAUUUUGAAGUUCUGAUAGGAUGAAUUGUAUAAGAAGAUUAUGUAUAAGAAGAUUAUAGUGCUUAGUAUUGUAUUUCAAAUCUAGAAUAACAUCAUGUAAGAACUUUUUCAACCUUUCCUGUUGGUAUUACCAAGUGGCUUUAUGCCAGUUGGAUUGGCUUCUUAUGAACUUGUGGCACAUGGAAGACUCAACUUGUAUUGUGUCCCUUGAAUUCACGGUCAUGAUUCAUCGGAACUUGUUGCAGAUCGGUUCGUUAGCACACAAUAGUCAUUGUUAGUCCGGACAUACUCAUCUCAUCCAAAAUCGAAGAUAGAAGAGAUCAACAACAAAACAACUAGUUAUUGAUUUGUUUUUGUUCUAUGCCAUCAUAGUAUGCAAGUAUACACGUACAUUUUCCUCCAUGUCUUGCGAAUCAAACAUUAUCACCUGAGUGCCGUCAUUGGAGUUUUGAAGGUCAAAAGUUUCGUUUUAGAUUAAGAAAUUGCU